AUGGGUCUGAAAUUGUACAGCUUAGUGGCUCUAAUAGGGCUAGUCGUGGUAUUAUUUUUGCAAUCCCAAAACUCACAGUUUGUCUCGGAAGACAUCAAUCGACUUCAAAAUCCGACAUUAUGGAGAGUGAAAGACUGGUACAGGCAAUGGAAAGCACCCAAAGUUGACUCCAAGGUCAAAAGAUAUGGUUACAACCCGAUAUUAGCGGGUCAGAAUAAGCUAAGUCAAAACUCCUAUUUUGUGGAGCGUGCCGCUAUCAAGGACAGAACCCAGAUCGGUGCUGAGAAUGCAACUUUGGUGAUGUUGGUCCGAAACUCUGAAUUAGAAGGAGCAUUGCUGUCGAUGCGAUCCCUUGAGGACAGGUUCAAUCACGCAUAUAAGUAUCCGUGGGUUUUUAUGAAUGACGUUCCGUUCACUGAUGAGUUCAUGGAGCAGACCGCACUCAUGGCCAGUGGACAGGUAUUCUACGAAUUGAUACCUCCACAAGACUGGAAUCCACCAGAUCACAUUGACGAAAAAAAGCUCUCAGACAACAUUGCCAACUCCAUGGAUGUGAUCUACGGAUUUUCUAGGUCGUACAGGAACAUGUGCCACUUUAAUUCUGGAUUCUUCUACAAGCAGAAACGACUCUUGAACUAUGACUGGUAUUUCCGAGUAGAACCCGAUGUGGAGUACAUGUGUGACUUUCUCUAUGAUCCAUUCACGUUGCUUCGUACCAAUAACAAAACCUACGGCUUCACUAUCACCAUUCCGGAGUAUUACAACACCAUUCCGACUCUCUGGAGCACAGUGAAGCUGUUCAUGGCCGAGUAUCCACAGUUCCUCCAUCCAAACAACGCAUUAGAUUUCCUCGUCACCAAUGAAACAGAUAUUUUCCAUCACACGUUCACGGAGUCCAACUCUGAGUACAACAUGUGCCAUUUCUGGACCAACUUCGAGAUUGCGAACUUGAACUUCUAUAGAAGCGAGGCAUAUGAGACCUACUUCAACUACUUGGACCAGGCAGGAGGAUUCUACUACGAAAGAUGGGGUGAUGCGCCCGUGCAUUCGAUUGCCCUAGCACUUUUUUUGGAUAGAAACGCCAUCCAUCAUUUCGAAGAUAUUGGCUACUAUCACGCACCAUACAUGUCGUGUCCGAGAUCUCGCGAUAUCUUGAGUGUGAAAAGAUGCAUAUGCAAAAAAAUUAGCGAGGACGAUGAAGAAGUGAACAAAGGAAUGGAUGUGAGAGUCCCCAGUUGUUUGGCAAGAUGGUGGCGGUAUGGUUCAGGGAAGCGGUUCUUGAACGAAGUUGCCUAUACCUUCACGUAG